UAGUUUCUAAAAUAAAUUAAUCAUCGGCUAUAAUUUUAUUUUUAUCCUUAUAUAUUUAUCAUAAUCCUCCGGAUUUUAUUUAAGGACAUUUAAAAAAUAAUCUUUAGUGAUUUUAUGCAUUAAAUUUAAGUUUAUACAUUGGAUAGAAGUAUUACGAGGUAUUUCUGUAAAAAAGGAAAGAUCGAUCUCCAAAAGAUGUAUUAUUUGAAAGUUAAAUUAAAGUUUUUUUACAUUGUAACUUUUUAAAAUGAUAGACAUCUAGUUUUCCUUUACAAAUUAAAUGAACUCUUACAAUAGAGUCUUUGGAAUAAAAAGCUUUUUGACAUUAGCACAUUUUUUACAAUAAAUUACAUUAAAGUAUUUUUCACAAUAGUUAAUUUCUCAAGAUAUUUUGAAUCAAUUUAAAAAUUAUAAUGUCAUGAGAAUUCAAUGCUUUUUUUUCAAGAUCUUCUAUGUUUUAGUCACCUUAAUGGACGCUAACCACAUUAAAAAAAUUCAUGCUGGAGGUCGUGGUAAAGGUUAUUUUAAAGAAAAUUCAUUAUAGGGUGGUGUAUAAUUUGCUUAUUCUCCAUAAGAAGUAUAAAAAAUAGCAGAGUAAAUGAUAGGAAAGACAUUAAUAACAAAGCAAACAGGAUCUAGAGGUCGUAUAGUUAAUUCUGUAUUAAUAACAGAGCGAAUGUUUCUAAGAAAAGAGAUGUAUUUUUCUAUCAACUUAGAUCGUACAAGAGGAGGAUGUGUAAUAAUAUGUAAUUAAAGAGGAGGAGUUAAUAUAGAAGAGGGAGAUCCUCGUUUUAUUAAGACUUAUUUUGUGACUUUAGAAAAUGAAUUAGAUGAUGAUAUGGCACAGCAAAUAGUAAAAGAUUAUAACGUAACUUAAGAAUGCCAUGAAUAAUUAAAAAACGUUAUUAAAGGGUUAUACAAAUGCUUUAAAUAGAAUGAUGCUACUUUGCUAGAAAUAAAUCCUUUAGGAUUAGAUGUUAAUAAUAAGAUUAUUAUUUGUGAUUAGAAAAUGAAUAUUGAUGAUAAUUCAGAUUAUAGAUAACCUAGAUUAGCUGCAAUGGAGGAUAUCACAUAAAAAGAUUGGAAGGAAAUCGAAGCAUAAAGAUAUUGUCUUAAUUAUAUUGCUUUAGACGGUAAUAUCGGAUGUAUGGUCAAUGGAGCUGGUUUAGCAAUGGCUACUAUGGAUAUUAUUUCACUUAAGGAUGGAAAACCUGCUAACUUUUUAGAUUGUGGAGGUAAAGCAGAUGACUCUUAGGUUGUUUAAGCUUUAAAAAUUAUGGAUAAUGAUCCUAAUGUGGAAAGUAUUUUGGUUAAUAUUUUUGCUGGUAUUGUUAGAUGUGAUGUCAUUUGUUUAGGGCUUAUAAAAGGAAUGGCGCUUUUGGGAAUGAAAAAACCUAUUGUUUUGAGAUUAAAAGGAAACAAUUCAGAGGCUGUAAAAAUUCAUUUUUAUUUUUUUAUUAUUUUUUUUAUUUUUUUAAGGCUAAAGAAAUUAUCUAGAAUUCAGGAUUUAAUGUUAUUUAUUGUGAAAGUUUGGAAGAAGCAGCUGAAAAGGCUGUUAAAAUUGCUUAAAUUAUUAGAAUGGCUAAAGACGCUAGAAUUAUUAUUGAAUUGA